ACUGUCUUUUUAUUUUGUUUGAUGGUGUUUGUGGUCAUCAUUGUGAUAUUUUAAUUUAAACUUUAUUUUAUUUAUUUUUUGUAUCUUUUUAUUACUCUAUGUUAGUUCUAAUUUAGUUCAAAUAUCAAUUACUUGAUGUUAUUAAGGUUCUUCCAAAACAAAUUUGAUUUGAGGUUAAAUACAAUUGUGCUGUAUCGUUAAUAUUUUAAUUAAUAAAAUAAUAAAAUGUAUAAGAUUAGUAACAUUUAUAACUGCAACAACGCUUUCGUGGCAAAUCUAAAAGUGCGAAGUUUUGCUAGUAAAGCAAAGAAUGUAAAGGACAUAAAUUAUCAAUAUAUACAAAGAAGUAAGGUGCCAACAUUCCACUUUCAAAAGUCUCUACCACGGCUCCCUAUACCUGAGUUAGGUAAAACAAAGGAUCGGUAUUUAAGUGCCUUAAAACCACUCUUAAAUGAUGGUCAGUAUAAUGAAGCGGUAACAAGAACGAGUAGCUUUAUAGCAAAUGAAGGCAGCAAAUUACAAGAAAAACUUAUUUUGAAGGAUAAAUAUAACAAACACACAAGUUACAUAUCAGAUUAUUGGUUUGAUUUAUAUUUAAGGGACAGAGUACCUUUACCCAUCAAUUACAAUCCAUUCCUCGUAAUGCAGAAUGAUAUUAGGCCAGAAUACAACAACCAGUUGGUUAGAGCCACUAAUUUGUUAGUGAGCGCAGCAAGAUUUAUGCUUUCCUUAAGACAGCAGAUACUGGAGCCUGAGGUUUUUCAUCUGCAGCCAAAGAAAAGUAACACCCCAUUAUUUAGAACUGUUACUGGAUUAUUGCCAGCAAGUUUAUCUUGGUAUGGUGCAUAUUUGUUCAAAGCAUUUCCACUAGACAUGAGCCAAUUUACUGGGCUGUUCAAUGCAACUCGCAUCCCAUUACUAGGCAAGGACACAAUCUUUAGAGACACAACUUGCAAUCAUGUUGUAGUGCAGAAGAGUGGCAAUUUCUAUGUCUUUGAUGUGUUAGAUGCAGAUGGAAAUCUACUAUCCCCUGCAGAAAUUCAAGGCAAUUUAGCACAAAUUCUAAAUGAUAACACAAAGGCUGAUUAUGCAUUAGGUGUUUUAACAACACAGAACAGAGAUGAAUGGUCCAAGCAGAGGGCGCACUUGGAAGAUACUGGCAAUAAAGAUGUGUUGAGAAAAAUUGACUCUGCCAUAUUUAAUUUAAUACUGGAUGAUGUUAGUAUUGAAGAUAAUAAACAUAAAUUAUUAGCCCAUUAUAUGCAUGCAGAUGGUUCGAACAGAUGGUUUGACAAGUCUUUCAGUAUGAUAGUGACUAAGGACGGCUUAUCUGGUAUCAACUUCGAACAUUCGUGGGGCGAUGGUGUUGCCGUACUCAGGUUUUUCCAGGACAUCUAUGAUGAAACUACCACCAAACCAUUCAUUGGGCCCGACAGUAAACCUUUAGAUAAACAAAUCACAGUGAAAAAAUUAGAAUUCAACUUAGACGACAAAUCAAAAAGUUUUAUCGAAAAAGCAAGAAAAGAAUAUAGCGAUUGGUACAAUUCGUUAAGUAUAGACUAUAUUUUAUACGAAGGACUCACAAAAGGUGCCUGCAAGAAAUUCAAAGUCAGUCCUGAUUGUAUAAUGCAACUAGGUUUUCAGGCAGCCUAUCAUCUACUUCACGGCAAGUACGUGGGCACAUACGAGUCCUGCAGUACAUCUGCCUUCAAACAUGGCCGAACUGAGACCAUGAGGCCGUGUACAGAACAAACAAAGUUAUUCUGUGACAGUCUCCAUUCAAACAAAUCGUCAAAAUCAGAACUCAGAGCAAUUAUGCAGGAAUGCUCAACCUGCCAUUCUGAGUUAGUCAAACAAGCGGCCAUGGGUCAGGGCUUCGAUAGACACUUGUUCGCUCUGAUGAAGAUAGCGGAAGACAACGACUUGCCUCGCCCGGAGCUAUACGACUCUUAUGAAUACAAGUUCCUGAAUAAGUCCGUUCUUAGUACCAGUACGUUGUCUGCGCCUAGUGUACUGGCUGGAGGGUUCGGUCCGGUCGCGAAAGAAAGCUUUGGAAUAGGGUACUCUGCAUUCCCGGAUAAACUCGGUGCAGCGGUUUCAGCUUACAAAACACAUAAUGACAGUACACAAUUUGUUGAGGCUUUACAAAAGUCGUUUGUAGAUAUUACUAAAAUUCUAUCAGAAUAAGAGAGAUAUUUUAGUGCACAAGUGAAAAUGCAAAGAUGAAGGUAAAAUAUAAAAAAAAACAUAUAUUUUCAUAUGUAUAAACAGAUAUUAGGUACUAAUCAUUGACCUUGUAGAAUAAAAGGAUGCACAAUCAUGUAGAAAAUUUCGUUUUAGAAUUAUUGGUAAAGAAAAUUAUAUCUAAACACCUUUAAAUAUAGUCCAAUAUUCAAAAAAAUCCCAAAUUCAGAGCAAAUUCAACCUUAAGGAUUGAGUUUAAGGUUGAAUUUGCAAAUGCGACUACUUCAAUUGAGUGGCAAGAGGUUGCGUUCGGCACUUGAGCAGGGACGUUUUUUGGUCGCUGAUUGUGCAUCCACUUUUGAAUAGGAGAUUGAUGGUACUAAGUGUUUAACAAAAAUGUACACAAGUUAGAAUUGAAAUAAGUUUUAUGUGUUUAACAUUUAAAAUUCAAUGAAAUCAACAUAUUAUAUAUUUUUACAAUACUGUUAUAACUUAUAUAUUAUAAGUCUAUCGAAAAUAUUUUUUUAUGCUCUGCGUUUCUAAACCAGAGCUCUAGGUUAAGCCUUAUGUGCCUUAUUUUCAUUUGUGUUACAAGUAACUACUUUUCAGACUGAAAAAUUUACAACAUUUUUGACGUGACAACGUCUUAUAAUUCGAUGGAGCUGGCUGCACACUCGAAAAAAUCAUCAUGCGUCGUUCCCUCGCUCUAAGGUUGCCAAUUUUUUUUACAAGAAAUAAAGUAUAUUGUGGUCUAUGUAGAUUAUUAAACAGUAUUUUAGAAAAACGAAAAUUUUCUUUUGAAAAAUGCAACCAUUCCAUCAGUAUUUUCUUAUGACGUUGUCACGUUCAACUAUCGUCAGUAAACCGACUUUACAAACAAUCGAUUUUUUUUUGUCAAUGCAAAUAGUCUAAGAUCCGAAUCGAAAACGACCUUUACCCAUCAGUUUAUAGGAUGAAAAUAUUUUAAAUCAAAUUUAGUAUUUUAAAAAAAUAUAUUGCGAGUAAACGGAUGACUGAAAGUCGUGUUAGGGUAAGGUUGGUUAAGUCCUUUUACCUCCAUAAAGUGAUAUAGCGUAAGCUCAGACCAAUAAACCGGGUAACAUCUAGCAAGUUGGGUCCUUUUUUAAUUUGUCUAAAGGGCGUAAGUUAUAUACCGACAGGCAAUAAUUUUCCGAAUGCAGCUUUACCCAACAUAUUGUCAAUAUUAUUAACACUAGCACCCAAGAAUCAGUCAAAAUUAUGUUGCUACCUGCUGAGCCAUUCAGUAACUCGCUUGUUAUUAUCCUACUACUUAACAAUAGAAACGCGAAAGUAUGUAUUUUUGAUAUUCUUUAACGCCGGGAGAUUUGCGAUAAACUGAUGGUUAUGAUUUUAUGAAUGUUUGUAACUCGCCUUUAAAUUACCUAGCGGGUAGACCAUUUGCUUAUUUUGUAAUUUAUUAUUUAUUAAAAAAAACGUAAGUAAUAAUAUGUUAGGUCUCGUUGCAUCUAUUUUAUAUUAUGCAAUCACGUAGUAGAUUUAUGGAAUUAAGCUCGCUGCAAACGUAACGUGUUGAACGGAACGGACGCGGAUUUUUUGGAAAUAUAGUUUCAUACAAAUACACACAAAACUAAGGAUGAUGAGACGGCGACUUUGUUUAUGUCGCAGUCAUCUGGUUGAAUGGGCGCCUGUAUUCAAUGAAAGCGAUAAAAUACAAAAAAAUAACCGCAUGCUCCAACCAUAGCUGAAUGAUAUUAGUUGCUAUGCUAGUCAAUAAGUUAUUGAUGAAUUUUGUGACGGUAACGGUAACAAAAUAGAAAUGAAGGUAGAAAACUCAUGUCGUUUCAUAACUUAUUUAAUUAUGUUUUGUUUUGUAAAAUGUUAGUCAAAACAUAUUAACUAGGUGUAUGUAAUUGUUCUAAGCUUAUUAAUCAAAUUUAUUUUUAUUAAUUUAAGAACAAGUUAGUUAUAAUUAUCAUUUGGUGUUUUAUGCCCUCAUUUUUAAUCUGUUUUUAACAUGAUUUGCGUUUUAUGCCCUCAUUUUUAAUCUGUUUGUUAGUAAACAGUACACAUCAAGUGUGGCUUUAGUAUACUUAACAACGUCUUAUCACCGCCCGGUCCGCUUUACAUUCCCGUUCCGUCUGCAACGGCCCUAAUAGUGGGUAUAGGUCAUUGACCUCUUAUAAUAAAGGACGCAGAAUCAUGUAGAAAAUUUCACUUAAAAACUGGCCAAUUUUGCUUUGCCAGUUUUAGAAUUACUGGUAAAGAAAAUUAUACCUAAAGACCUUUUAAUUUAGUCCAAUAAUAAUUAAUAAAAUCCCAAAUUUAGAGCAAAUUUAACCUUAAGUUUAAGGUUGAAUUUGCGACUACUUGAAUUGAGUGCCAAGAAGUUGUGUUUGGUACUCAUUAAGUGGGGACGUUUUUUGGUCGCUGAUUGUGCAUCCACUUUUUAAUAGGAGCUCAAUGGUAUAGGAACAUAUAAGUAUAUUAAUAGCUCAAUGCUAGUGUGGAACUCGUGAAACAACUUUAUUGCAUUUCCCCUUUCAUGUUGGUUUAUAGCAGUUAUAUUCAGAUUCUCGAGUUUAAUGGCUGUAAACAUAAACAUUCGGGCUUUCAUUGUAAUUAUAUUUCGUUGUACAAUUAGUCUUAAGCAUAACAAAAUUUGUAAUGACGUCUGUGGCAGGGAAAUAGGUACUAAAGUAUUGAAAUUUGCGCAAAGUACCUACAUAUAUGUUUUGCGAAAUUCUUGCAGGAAAACUAUUUGUAUAAAAAAUAUUUAUGAAAUUUAUUUGAAGUAUGUACUGAUUAGUUACUUGUGAUGCAGUCCAUCGAGCUAAGUCAGUUAUAGGUCUGUAAUAACUUAUAUUUAAUAAUAACGAAUUAUUCGUCAUUUAUUUGUACGCUUGAUAUUUAUUUUUGAAGUUAAUGUACGCCUGCCUUUGUUGGAAAUAUUUUUCUCCGAUCCGAUCUCAUUAACACUGCCUUUGAUUAUUCCAUCUUUGAAAACUGCAAGCAUUACAUCAACUGCAUGCGUGAAUUAAGUUUAGUGUGAAAGACUGCCUGUCAUGAUUUUUUUCAAUUAUUUGUAAUCUUUUUUAUGGAACACUCAAUAAUAAAUUAUAAUCAUCCUAACUUGUACUCGAGCUUUCUGUAUAGCUUUUACAUAGAUUUUGUUAAUAUAUUAUAUUUUAAUACUCUAAUUAUUAGAAUAAUUUUUUCUAUGCCUAAUAAUCAACCUGUAUAAAUGUCAUGAUAAUUCAUGACAUUAAUACAGGUACAUAUUUUGUGUAUGUAAUAUAUAAGAUAAUCGGUUGAUUAGUUAAUGCCUAAAAUAUAUGUGUAUAAUAAAAUACAGUGAAUAAUAAUAAAACUAACUGGCAUUUGUGUUUCUACAGUUUUACUAUAAGACGCACGCAAGUUAUUAUAUCAUAAUAUUCGUGUUCUAUAAGUAUACAGGGUGCUUGGGAGUAUUUCCCAUAACUUCAAGGUAUUGACGAGUCCAAUUAAAGGAGUCGAAAUACAUAACUAAUAUUUUUUUAACUAAAAAAUUAACACUUUUUAUGUAUUCAUAAAAAGUAAUUUAAAUAAUUUCGACUAUCCAUGUAACACACGCCUUUAUCGAUCCUUGCAUUUUAAAAUACGUAAAACUUGGCUACGUCAUUAUUAUAAGGAUGCGUUUAAGGGACACAAUUGAAGAUCUAUUUACAAAAGAAAUAUCUUUUACUCCAAAAUGUUAAUUUUUGGAACCCAUUUUACUUAGACAUUUUUAAUUAAUUUUCCAUAAAGAAUAACCCUAGAGUCAUGGGAAAUACUCCCGAGCACCCUGUAUACAGAUGACACGCAAAUUCGUCCGUAUAAAAAUUUGGUUAUCUUGAUAUUUUGUUAAUUAUGUAAAAUGUAGUUAGGUACAUAUAUAUUUAUAUAUAUUCAUAGGUUUAUAACGUUUCAAACUAUUAUCACAAAUCAAAGUUAUUGUAAGGAAAGCAUUUUAUAGAAAAACCAUUUAUGUACUUUGUUUUAUACAUGAAUAAAUAUAUAUUUUUACAUAUUACAACUA